CUUAAAAUCUUGGCAAAACCCUCCUGCUCCACCUCUUUCUGCAGCAUAGUCCUCUGUUCUCUUCCUCCUCGGACGAAAUCAAAAAGGAGGGUCCCUCACACUAUGGAAGGCAUUGAAAUGGAACACCCUUCACCUGAAAACACCUCAGAUGACUUCUGCAACACCGUAUUAUUGCAAUUUAGCGAAUCGAAUAACGAGCACCACGUCCACAUUUGCACCGCCAUUGGUACAAUAUCACAAGAGUUAAGAGACCAGAACUUCCCUCUUACACCAAUUGCGUAUUUCGGACCGACUUGCUUGUCGCUCCAACGAUUAUAUACUGCGGUGGGCCCUGAAGGACCCCCGUCACAUCUUAUUGAUGCACUUUCCGCGAUUUUGUCACUCAUUGUUCCGAGAAUAAAGAAAGGAAUUUUGAUGAAUAAAUAUGGGUUUUUGUCAGAUAUUAUGAUUCAACUUCUUGGAUUGAAGAAUAUUGGUGUUGAAGGGGUUGUUUCGUGCUUGAAGUGUGUAAUGCAUUUGUUAAUUGUGGGGGAUAAAGGGAACUGGUCUGGUGUUGCUCAACUCUAUGGUGUGUUUAUUGGGUAUAUAAUGGAUGAUCGACAAAAGGUGAGAAAGAUGUCACAUAAUUGUCUUCGCGAUGUCCUGCAAAACUUUCAGUCAUCACCUAUGCUUGCUCCUCUAUUGGCACCUGCAAGUGAAGCCAUCACAAACCUCUUUGAAAGGUCCCUUCUACUUGCAGGAGGAACAACUGGAAAUGCCUCUGAAAGACCCAAAGGAGCACAAGAAGUCUUACACGUGCUGGAUGCUCUGAAACUUUGUCUUCCUUUUAUGUCUUCAAAGUACUUGAAUAGCACUUUGAAGUAUUUCAAAUCCUUAUUGGAAUUGCGUCAGCCACUUGUUAAUAGGCGCAUUACAGAUGGUUUGAAUGCUCUUUGUAUCCAUCCAACCGCAGAAAUAUCCCCAGAAGUGCUUCUGGACCUCUUGGGUUCAUUAGCUGCUUUGGUUUCUGCAAAUGAGUCAUCUGGUGAUACUUUGACAUUCACAGCUCGCUUGCUUGGCAUUGGGAUGAGAAGGGUAUAUUCAAUUAACAGGCAAUUGUGUGUGGUUAAGCUUCCUGUGAUGUUCAACUCCCUUAGUGAUGUACUGGAUUCUGAACACGAGGAAGCUAUAAGGGCUACACUGGAGGCACUCAAGAGCUUAAUACAUGAAUGCAUUGAUGAAAAUUUGAUCAAACAGGGCGUGGAUAACAUAAUCGAUUCUAGUACUGAUAUGAGAAAAUCUGGACCAACUAUCAUUGAGAAAAUCUGUGCCACAAUUGAGAGCUUGCUUACCUAUCACUAUGCAGCAGUCUGGGACAUGUCAUUUCAAGUAGUGGUCGCCAUGUUUGAUAAGCUAGGUUGCUAUUCUUCUCACCUUCUAAAGGGAACACUUCAGAGUUUGGCUGAUAUGCAAAAGCUGCCAGAUGAAGACUUUCCGUACCGUAGACAGCUGCACGAAUGUGUUGGAUCAGCUGUUGGUGCAAUGGGACCUGAAUCUUUUCUAACUCUUGUUCCUCUUAAAUUGGACGCACAAGAUUUAUCAGAGUCCAAUAUCUGGCUUUUCCCAAUUUUAAAGCAAAACAUUGUUGGUGCACAUUUGAGUUUUUUUACCAACUCGAUUUUGUCGAUGGUUGGAGCUAUGAAGCAGAGGUCUGCAAUGCUUGACCGCAAGGGAAAGAUAUAUUCAGCGAGAACUAUUGAUGGAAUCGUGUACUCAUUGUGGUCAUUGUUACCUUCAUUUUGCAAUUACCCUGUGGACACUGCUGAAAGCUUCAAGGAUCUAGAGAAGGUUUUCUGUAAAGCUAUACAUGAAGAGCCUGAUGUUUGUGGGAUAAUAUGCUCCAGUUUGGAGAUCCUCAUUCAGCAGAACAAGAGCAUUUUAAAAGGGGAAGUGGAUUUGUCUGAUACUGGAAUAAGUGUUCCCAGAGAACGAGCCAUUGCACAUUACAACCAGCAAGUUGCAGAUGAUAACUUGAACGCGUUGAGCGUUUCUGCUCAUGAACUGCUGCCUGUUCUCCGUGAAGUCUUCUUGCAAUCCUCUAAUGAUACUUGUGGAUUUUUGCAGAGAACAAUUGGUGUAUUGGCCUCUAUUGCUGACAAAGUGGAAGUAAAAAGAAACCACCCAUCCAAAGGAAACAAAAGGGUAGUAAGAGGGCUAUUUACGAAAACCAUGCGGGAGCUUUUGAAGGUGACCCAAGAAGUUGGGGAGGCAGAGGAGGACAAAAAAUCCUAUUCAAUGCAGAUUGACGACUCAUCCAGUAAAAGUUCUUCUUCACAGAGGGCGCAGUUAUUUGAUCUGGCAGUUUCAUUCUUGCCUGGUUUAAAUGCUCAAGAAAUUGGUGUGCUGUUUGAUGCUUUAAAGAGUGCUUUAAAGGACGAGGAAGGCUUGAUCCAGAAGAAGGCAUAUAAAGUUCUCUCCAUGAUCCUUCAGGACCAUGAUGAAUUUAUUUCAAGUAUGCCCGAAGAGUUGCUUAAUUUGAUGAUUGAAGCACUACCUGCAUGUCAUUUUUCAGCCAAACGUUACAGACUUGACUGCCUAUACUUUUUAAUUGUCCAUGUUAUGAAGGAUGAAUCAGAACAAAGGAGGCGGGACAGUAUUACUUCUUUUAUGACUGAAAUUUUGCUUGCACUCAAAGAGGCUAACAAGAAAACAAGGAACCGAGCGUACGAGAUUCUUGUCAAGAUUGGCCAUGCUUACGCAGAUGAAGAAAGAAGUGGCAGAAAGGAGAACCUGCAGCAGCUUUUCAAUAUGAUUGCUGGGGGUCUUGCUGGGGAAACACCUCAUAUGAUCAGUGCAGCGGUUAAAGGCUUAGCUCGCCUGGCCUAUGAAUUUACAGAUCUUGUUUCUGCUGCUUACAGUGUCCUACCAUCAACAUUUCUUCUCCUUAAGAGAGGGAACAAAGAAAUAAUUAAGGCUAAUUUAGGGCUGUUGAAGGUACUGGUCACAAAGUCGCCGGCUGAGGGAUUGCAAGCACAUUUAAGGAGCAUGGUAGAGGCCCUUCUUGGUUGGCAAGAUAAUACCAAGAACCAUUUCAAAGCCAAGGUUAAGCUGCUUAUUGAAAUGCUUAUCAAGAAGUGUGGAUUGGAUGCUGUAAAAGAGGUGAUGCCUGAAGAGCACAUGAAACUCCUUACCAACAUAAGAAAGAUAAAGGAGCGAAGAGAUAGGAGCCUCGCCUCGAAUUCUGAAGAAAGCAGAUCUCGUAUGACAAAAGCAACAACAUCAAGGCUAAGCAGAUGGAAUCAUACAAAAAUCUUUUCCGAGUUUGAUGAUGGAGAAUCUGAGAAUAGUGAUGCAGAAUCUAUGGACACGAAAACUACUGCUGGUCGUAGGAGCAAGGCUACAUUAGUAUCAGAGUCCAAAGCAUCUUUAUUACGGUCCAAGAAAACACGGAAAGCAGCCAAGAGUUUGCAGGAAGAUCUGUUUGAUCAAUUAGAUGAUGAGCCGCUUGACUUACUUGACCAGAAGAAGACUAGGUCAGCUCUUAGAGCAUCUGGCAAUCUCAAGCGGAAGCCUGAGUCUGACGAUGAGGCAGAGAUAGACUCUGAAGGCCGUUUGAUUAUUCAUGAGGGAGAUAAGAAGCAAAAACGAGUCAAGCCACCUACUGAUGACUUGGAUGUAAGGAGCAAAGCAGGAAGUCGCUUUUCUGAGAGCUCAAAGAAAACUGUGAAACGGAGGAAAACAUCUGAUUCAGGAUGGGCCUACACCGGAACUGAGUAUGCUAGCAAGAAGGCGGGUGGUGAUGUGAAGAGGAAAGACAAACUUGAGCCCUAUGCCUACUGGCCUCUUGACCGCAAGAUGAUGAGCCGGAGGCCUGAACAUCGGGCAGCAGCACGAAAAGGUAUGGCAAGCAUUGUGAAGCUAACAAAGAAUCUUGAAGGUAAGAGUGCAUCAGCAGUGCUGUCCGCAAAGCGAGCUAAGACUAAAAAGAAAGCCAGCGCAAAAAAGGGUUACGGUGAAGUCUGAUUUGAUGGUGCCAAGCCAAAAUGGAGAGCUCGGUCCAGAGGCUCGCAAGUUUUUGUGCCAUAGUUUGCGCUUGGGGCUUCUAGAAAUCCUGUACUCUUUUGAUUUAACUCAUCCCAUGUAUGUCAAUUUUUGAAGUGAUUUGGUUUUUCGAUAGGAGAAUCAGGGAAAAGGGGUAGGAAAUCGAUUAUACGAAUUUGCAAAUGCAUUCGAUACAAGCUACUUGAGUUAGUCGGUCAUUGCUAAUAUUUUUGCAAAGUUGCAAUAUGCAAGUACAUAAAAGUAAUCCGAGUCAUUUGUAAUGUGCUAGUAAAUUUAUUGAAGGUAUUUGAUUUGCAUUUUGCAGUUUUUA